AUGGGCCCCUGUACCGCCUCCUCAUGCUGCUGCCAGGCCCCUAAUCUGCCAUGGGCCCCUGUACCGCCUCCUCAUGCUGCUGCCAGGCCCCUAAUCUGCCAUGGGCCCCUGUACCGCCUCCUCAUGCUGCUGCCAGGUCCAGAGUGUCUCAUGGGUCCCUGUACGGCCUCCCAUUGCUGCUGUCUCCAUCGCCACACUCUGCCAUGUGCCACUUUCAGGUCUCCUCACACACUGCUGGUGUGUUCCAUUUUUUGUCAUAGGGUGCUGGCAGAUUACGGGCCUCCCAUAGCUGCUGCCAGGCCCCUAAUCUGCCAUGGGCCCCUGUACCGCCUCCUCAUGCUGCUGCCAGGUCCAGAGUCUCUCAUGGGUCCCUGUACGGCCUCCCCAUGCUGCUGUCUCCAUCGCCACACUCUGCCAUGUGCCACUUUCAGGUCUCCUCACACACUGCUGGUGUGUUCCAUUUUUUGUCAUAGGGUGCUG